UAACAACAAAGGACUACAGAAACGAGUUGAGCCUGUGACGGAUCAACAGCCCGAGAAUUUCGGCAACCCUCUAACGUUCCAAGGUUAUGUAAAUUUUCCACAACGUAUCGAAACUUCCUAGCUACUUUCGCUGAGCAGAAACUGAAGGCAAAUUACGUUAAAUUUCACGUCUAGGAAAAACCCUUUCGUGGCCAGCAACAAACGGAUAUGAUCUAAGCUAUUAAUGCAAACUGUCUUAAAGGAUGAGUGUGGACAUCGAUACAGAAGUCGUUGUUUCCGUACAAGAUUCCCCUAUCAUCCUGCUUUCCACCACAAAACUCCAGGAAGAUAAAGAUGAUCAUAAAACAUCUGAUGUCCUUCUGGAACUCAAGGAAAUUCCAUAUGCUGACUGUGAUUUAAAAAAUGAAGAGCCCCAUGAAACAGAUGUGCUCUUGGAUUCUGAGGGGGCAUGUGCAUUGAAUGAGGAAAACUCUGCUGAAAUUGUUCGGGAUGAAUCAGAUCUCAACCGAUUGUGCCAUGAGUUGAAGAAGAAACGUGGAUCCACCAUUGAUGUUGUUAACUGUGAUGAUACCACUGAGUCGAGUGAUUCAGGCAGUGUAGAUCAAUUAUCACUUCAGGAGUUACCUGGAGGUCAUUUGACCAUUUCAAAGAAUGCUGAUGCAGAAGAUACUGCUAUUGAAAUUGAGGAAGAUAAUGAGUUGUUUGAUUUUCGGGAGAUUGCGGCUGGAGCGAUGCGUCACGCAGAAGAAUUAAUUCGGCGGAUGAUGCUCACCGUCUCUUGGACAAUUUGUCAUUUCCAUGCUUUGCCCAAAUGGUUGCAGGAUAACGACUUUAUCUGGCAAGGUUACCGGCCACCUCUACCUUCCUUUUGGGAUUGCAUCAAAAGCAUUUUCAGCAUUCAUACCGAAACCGGCAAUAUUUGGACCCAUAUGCUUGGUUGCAUUGCCUUCCUGGGCGUUGGCGCAUUUUUCCUGAGCUGCUCUGAAGAAGAGAUACGCAACGAAGACAAAGUUGUCUUUUCGGCUUUCUUCACAGGAGCCUGCGUCUGCCUUGGUCUCUCCACCUGUUUCCACACGUUCCUCUGCCACUCGGAGUGGGCUGGUCAAUUGUUCAGUAAACUGGAUUACGUUGGUAUCGCUCUGUUGAUCAUGGGUUCUUUCGUCCCAUGGCUGUAUUACAGCUUUUACUGCGAUUUCUGGCCACGUAUUGUGUACGUCUGUGUUGAGAUCGUUCUUGGUCUGUCGUCCAUCAUCAUUUCGCUAUGGCCCAGAUUCGGAGAACCGAGAUACAGAUUUCUUCGAGCAGGCGUCUUUUUGAGCUUUGGAUUGAGCGGAGUAAUUCCAGCUGUUCACUAUUCAGUGCAAGAGGGCUGGAUCAAAGCCCUGAAUCAAGCCUCUUUGGGCUGGCUCAUCUUAAUGGGUCUCCUCUACAUCAUCGGAACCAUGUUCUACGCCUUGCGAAUCCCCGAACGCUUUUUUCCGGGAAAAUUUGACAUUUGGUUCCAGAGCCACCAAAUCUUCCACGUUUUCGUGGUUGCCGCAGCCUUCGUUCAUUACCAUGGGAUUUCCGAGAUGGCUAUGCACAGAUUGACGAUAGGUGAAUGCCCUCCACCACCUGUUGGUGAAUUGCGUUUUUAGUUCCCGCAAGAAUACAUAAAGUGCGUCAGUACCAACUGUGGAUUAGUGUACAACUAAAGUUUCUUAAAAUGUAGAGUUGUUUUAAGAUUCAAUGUUUUCUCGGUUUACGUAGCUCGCCGUCGUUCGGAAACAUGUCUCAACUUUUUUCCUUUUUUACCAUUGCCAUUACUACUUAAAGCAGCAAAGAUAUUCAUUAUUUGCGAUCUGAUUCGAUGGUGUUAGUAUCUUUUAUAAUGGCAACUCUGCAUGGAUUUUGUACAAACGUUUCUUUUUGCGUUAUUUUAAAAUUCUUUCUUUUAGAUACUUCUUGUUUGCCUCUCGUUGGCACUAUUUGUGUUAUUUUAGAACACCCAUUAUUGGUUAACCCAGCACCCGUCUGAGCCGGUAGUACCUCGGAAUGGGAAUUCCGACAGCAAAUACCAUAUCUUUUAAGAGAAGCUGAAAAUAUAUAUACUAUCAGAAAUACAUGUGUUGAUUACGUGUCAAACGAA